UCUGCAGUUAAUUGAAACCGAACAGUCACUUGGAACGCAUUCUUGUUUGUGAUUUUCUUACUAAAAUAUCAGCUAAAAUCUCUAAUUAAACUAUUGAAAUAUCCAAAGAAAAAUGGCUAACGUUGAAUUGUUGACAUUUAACAAUGGAAUCAAAAUGGCAGCCAUCGGCUAUGGCACUUGGCGUGCACCCGAUGAAGAAAUCAAAAGAGCAUUGAACUUAGCACUUGAGGCUGGUUAUCGUCACAUCGAUUGUGCUCCAGUUUAUUUGAAUGAAAAGGCCAUUGGCAAAAUACUGAAAGAAUGGAUCGAUGGGGGUAAAGUGAAACGUGAAGACUUGUUCAUCACAACGAAAUUGCCAGCUUUUGGUAAUCGUCCCGAAAGUGUUGAAAAGAAUUUGAAAAAAUCGUUGGCCGAUUUGAAUUUGUCAUAUGUUGAUUUGUAUUUGAUGCAUACACCAUUUGGAUUCCCCAAACCAAUCGACGGUCAAAUGGCAUUUCAUCCAAACGGUGACGUUGUAUUGGAUUUAACCACCGAUCAUGUGGCCAUCUGGAAGAAACUUGAAGAGUUCGUCGGUGCUGGUCUUAUCAAAAGUAUUGGCAUUUCGAACUUUAAUCAACGUCAAGUGCACCGCAUUUUGGAUAACGCAACCAUUAAACCGGCUUCGUUGCAAAUCGAACUGCAUGUUUAUUUCCAACAAACUGAAUUGGUGGAAUUUUGCAAAGCAAACAACAUUAUCGUCACCGCAUAUUCGCCGCUCGGUUCGAAAGGUAUCGUCGAGUUUUUGUUGAAAAUAACUAGUAAACAACGUAACGUGCCUGACUUACUUGGGAUACCCGAGGUGAAAGCAAUUGCUACGAGAUUGGGCAAAACACCGGCACAAAUUCUGUUGAAGUGGAUUGUGAAACGCGGCGUCGCUGCCAUUCCAAAGAGCACCAAUGCUGGUCGUUUACGGGAAAAUUUGGCACUCUUUGACUUUGAUUUAACCACAGAAGAUAUGAAGAUGAUUAAGGUUCUGGACAAAGGCAUCCGCAUUUGUACUUUAGACUUCUUCCAAGGAAUUGAUAAGCAUCCAGAAUUCCCAUUCUAAUGGCAUCAGAUUCAUGGCAUUUGAUAAAACUUGUUAGGAUUUCAUGAUUCUCGCAUAAAACACAGAAAAAUGAUAAAUUUGAUUUUUGACUAAAAUAUUGGGUAAAUGGAGGUUCUUUUGUGUUAUUUUUCCAAAUUAAUGGCAAUUUAUCUUUGCUAAAACCUCGAAAAGUGUAUUUUUCCUUGUGCCUCACAGACGGUACAUUUACACUAGCAUUUAGAACAACAACAAAGAGAGAGAGAAAGAAAAUAAAUGCCAAAAACCAUUAUUCAUAAUAUAUCAAUUUUUCCUCCUCUUAUCUUCUGGGUUUGUAGAUUCUUUUCGAUUGUCAAAUUAGGACUCGUACGACCAAAACAAAUCAAUUUAAA